CUGUGCGAGCGCAUGGUCGGGUUCCAGUGCGAUUUUGUUGUUCGAACUUUGUAUUGUGUAGAAUUUUGUCCAUGGGAUCAAAGAAUCAGACAAAAGCGUUGUGAGGUCUACUGAAAUUUUUGGCCCUCAAGAAGGCGGGAACGGUGUCUUCCCUUCAUUGUGAGUGGGGAGUACAUCAAAAAUAGAUUUUCCGCAGUAGGCGUGCGUGUGUAUCAAGUCAUAAAGAAAAAAUGCCUCCAAAAAAAGAGGAGCAACGUGCUCUUCUUGAGGAGAGACGUCUCCGGACAGUGUACGAUUUCUUCGAUAAUUCCGACUACAAACGAGCCUUGCAAGACUGUGACAAAGUGAUAAAAAAAUAUGGCAAUAAGAUGGGACCGACCGUGUACGCUUUAAAGGCACUUGCUUUAACUAAGCUUUAUCGGUGGCAGGAUGCUAAUAAACUUAUGGAUGAGCUAAUCAAAAAACAACCGACCGAGGAUUCUGCACUUUCACCGUUAGUGAUCGCUCUGCGCGAUGCUGAACGCCACACAGAAGUAAUUCCGUUAUACGAGAGUGCAUGCAAACGUGCCCCAAAUGAAGAGAUCCUCAACUCGCUGUUUAUGCUUUACAUCCGCGAGAAAGAAAGGGCAAAGGCCAAAAAUACGGCGCUACAAUUACACAAGCUGACAGAUAAGCGGACGUAUUAUUUUACAGCGGUUAUGCAUCAGUACCUCAGUGGCAAGGAAUCUGAGGACCAGAGGCAGCGUACCAUGUGCUUCACGCUAGCAGAUAAGAUGCUUGAACGUAUGCCUCCAUCGGUGGACGCUGAGAUUAAUUUACAAUACAUGAUUCUACGGGACUCAGAGAGACUUGGAGAGACAGCGGAGUUUCUCGAGAAAAACGCGAGUCGUCUGUAUAUGUUGGACAUUCCGGAAGAAAAAUGGUUACUCUAUAAUCGAAUGCAAGACUGGGAUCGAGCUGUUGAUAUCAGCGAGGCUAGUUUUGCUCGAAGAAAUUGUGAGGAUCACAAAUGGCUCCAGCGACGAUUUGAUAUUGGCGAAAAACGCGGCGAAGCAAUUGGCAAUAUUGCCGAGAAGCUUAUAAGUCUCAUCGAGAAAGUUGAAAACCACGACAAACGUCGAGAGUUGCUCAUCAACAGGAUGUUGCUGUACAAGAGGUUAGGUAAGUUUGAUGAGUUCGAAAAGACGUUCAUCAAUUUUUACAAGCUCUUCGAGAAUAAAACCUGGUGUGUGGCCGAUAUUUUGUUCCUCGUACGCGAGUUGCCCGAGGAUCAGAGAACGCAUCUAGUCAAUACUAUGUCGGAAGUUGCCAAUAAAGAUUCCCUAACGUGGAUGGCCAUCGAUUUUGAUCUUGGCCAAUCCAGGUCCGAUGAGGAAGAGCUUAAAAAAAUCAAGAUGUUGUGUGACAAAUACCGAUCGGGUGCGCCUCUUGAAAGGCAAUCAGAUGCAAACCCAAUGGACGGCUACCUGGAGCUGGCUGUUGAUAUGGUCGCGGAGCGCUUUAAACGCUGUGGUGACGAGCGCAGUUUACUAAAAAUCAUCGACGAGCUGGAGUUUGCCAAGGAGCGUUCGCCGAACGGAUUCCGGCUAAAAAUGCGCUUGAUGUGGUGUUACUGCGCGAUUCAAGCCGGUCUAAAGGUUCUAGCCACAUGCGAUAACCUCACCAUUAAAUAUCUGCAGUGGGAAAGCUUAGGGUACCUGAUCAGCCCAUAUGUGCUUCGUUGCUCGUUUGGUGCGACCAUUCGACUGUAUAGGAAGAUAAUAGCUUUACAUGCUAGCUCGCAGAAGGAUAUUGGUGAGGGUAUUGUUUCCUGCUAUAAAUUCGGUUCUUUUCAUAAAGUUGAGGAAAUGGAAGAACUCAAACCAUGGCUAGAAAACUCAUUUGAAUUGGCGAACGCCAAGGUGAUGCGGGCUCUUCUGGCGUGCUCAAUAGAAAAACUGCACGCCGACGAGCGUACCGGAGCUAAGCUAGAAGGAUUCCUCGUGCCGACCGUAGCCUGGGACCGAUUACAAGAUAAUCGUGACACGUCGGUACUGCCAAAGCAGUAUCAUUUCAUCUUUACAGACUUCGAGACAAAGAAACAAGAGCUGAAGCUUCGAUACCUCGUCUUGCGGCUAUUGACGGCAAAAGACGAAAAAGAGUCGACCGAGGCUUUAAAAACGUUGAGAAAAGUAUUGUCACCGAAAGCGAAUGUUGCACCCAUGGAGGAUCUAAGCAACGCGUUCGAGUACUAUAUUGCACCGCUUACAAUACUUGACUGUUGGGCCGAUGGCAGUGAGCUGAAAGAACGAGUUAACACAAUUACUAGCAUCAAGUUAGAGUCGUUACGAAAUUUGGGCCGGUUUGUGGUAUGUGCCUUUGAGUGGGUUCUUGCUCUUUCUUGCAUGACGGUAUUUGCAGCUCAAAGCAAGAACGCCACUGCCAAGAAAAUCCUCCUUGAAGAGGUUGUCAGGACACAGCAGCUGCCUUUCGCCGUGGACGGAGUUUUUACAAGUGAUACCGGCACUUGUCCAGUGCUUAGAGAUGAUUUCGGCGCGUCGUGGAGUAUAUCACUCGUUGUCUUGAAGGGUGCCGAGAAAUUGUUAAGGUGCUAAUCAAACUCGAUGACAAGCGUUUUGGGAAAGCUGUUGACUGCUGAAAAUUUAUGUUGGUUGAUGAACAGAUAGUUAGCGUUAAAAAAUGAAGGUGGCUAGAGCGAUAGAAAUAAAAAAAAAAAAUAAAUUUUUCUAUGUUAACAUUUCCCAUGUGACUUUUUAUCUACGGAUUAUAAAACGGUUUAUCUGCUAGAUAGGUUGUGUGCAUGAUUGAAUGACACUGAGUGAUGUGCAUUAUACUUUUUUUCGAGCUACGGUAAUAGUUUAAUAUUUUCAGCGAAGUCGAAUUUAAAGCGAUUGUCCGAUAAAUAAAAAAAAAUGUGUUACUAUUAACGGAAAAGCAACAAGUGUCACGGUUUUCGGUAUAACAAAAACUGUACCUCGCUAUACAAGUUAAUCACAGUUUUCUGCGUCUCUGACCGGUUUUGUCUCUUUAUAAAUUGUUGAACACGAACUACGGCGCUUUCAGAAAACAUGAUGUCGAGACAGCAGUCAGAAAGAGUACUGUUCUAAUAAAAGGUGUUGAUUAUUUAUUCUCUAAGUUCUUGCAUAGCUAUUACGACUCAUAAUUAAUUGAUGAGGAUAUUCGCGAUCCUUGGCCCAUUACACGUUUUUAAUGGCACUAAAUUGUAAGAGAUCGGAGAUAACAUUAAUGUUUACUACAUGUAAUACGGCUGGUCUAUUUGGACCAUACUGGUGGAUUACUCGAAGUCGAAGAGUUUACUUUGCGACCACACAAUUUGCAGAAUGUUGGUAAGAUGCGCAAAAAGCUAUGACAAGCACGAAAUAACUGAAUACGAUACAACACAUUUGGUUAGUUUAGUUACAGUCUUCUAUUUUAAACCAGAAUAAAUUACAGUGUCAAAAUGAAUCAAAUCAAACCACUUGGAACACAUACAGAUCGAAGCUAUGCUGCAUGUACAUCAUAAGAGUAAAUCCAGUAGUUACGGAAAGUGCUUAGUUGUGUUCCAGAAGCUUGCGCCCGUUUUAUUAAAAAGUAAAGUAAGUAGUAAAAGAUCUUUUUCAUACCAAUUUAGUCACCAUCUAAACAAUAUAUAAUUUGUAGUAGGCAAUAGGUGUAGAAAGCUAUCAAGCGCCAUGUGUAGCAACAUCAUCAGGAAUGGCGUAUUAACAAAUCAACCGAAAAACAUCCAGCAAUCAGUCUUUUGUCGUUACAGUGAAAAUCUAUAAUAGCAUUUAUUAUCGUAGUAACCGAUGUACUACUUAUACAUCGGCAAUAGAACAUCAAAAAAAUAACAACAAGAAAGAUAAAAUAGAAGAUCGUGUUUGCAUUUACAACUUGCGAAUUUCGAAUAACUGUGGAACCGCAGAACUCGUAUAAUAUUUCUGAGCAAAAAAAAUACCUAUUCAGGAUGCAACCUCAACAAAACCUAUAUCGAUUCGAGUGUCAUUGUCAUAUUGAACUAGUUGCAUCUUACUCGUGUUAAAGGCCAAUAAAGUGAUUGUAAGUGAGGUAUCUAUUAAAUCCUUAAUGUUGUUAUCUAAUAGGGCGUUCUUCAACAACACUACAAAACGAAUCCGAUGCUUAAUAACGUAGCACUGGACCGCGACCGAGGUUUGAAACAGCUUAACGGAAAGGCGCAAACGUAUUAUUCGUUCGUUGUCCAUGCCAUUGUUCAGUGCUUUUGGAAUUUGCUACUAAAAAUUAUGUAUUGUUUUUACUUGAAAAGCCUUCUGUUUAUUGUAAUAUUGUUAAUAAAAUAUGUUCUCUUUUUGUUAUAUUCAUUGAGUAUAUAUUAGUUUCGGUAAAAAUUGGUAAAAAGAUACACGUUUAGGUUUGACUGACAUUGCACGUUAUGCUCUGCAGACUACGACCGGUUACUUAGGUACGGUAAUUUAUAUGCGAAUGGACUAAAAACGUAGCCAGAAGUAUUUGAUAAUAACUAACCUGAUCGUGAAUAUCGUAAUAAAGUAUGAAUAAAAACGUAAAAGACGUAUACCUGAAAUUUUAUUUUGAGCAGUAAUUUAUUAUUUUCCAAUAUAUUAUUUGCUUAAAUGAUACACAGAGAACCGCUACCUCAAUAUAACGUUUGAGAAUUUUCUGUCAUUAUUUCUUUAUAUUUAGUAUAAAUUUCGAAGUUAUUGUUUCCUGUAUUCGCUGAACAAAAUAUCAAUAAAAAAGUAUGUUCUAUAGCACGAGACUGCAUGCACAUAAUUUGUUUUAUACAGUGGAAUAACUCUUUGCGCAAAAACAAAUAAAAGCGAGACCUUUUUGUCAUUUGUUUUAACCUUUCUUCAUCACCAGUAAUUUCUUUUAUUAGAGGUGGUACCCGAAAUAAGCACUGCCCAAUUUUCGUUAAAAAUAAUUGUUCUUCUAUCAUCAACCCGUAAUUAACAUAUCGCUAUACAAUACUGAACAUUCAGCUUGUUUGUUAGGUUGUUUCUUUAAAAAAUGUCCUAUUAAAACGGUUGGCUUGAUUUUUUUGUUUUGGCAGAACUUAAAGGUAAACUUUAAAGAUAAAGUUACUACGUCGUAUAUUCUAAAGACGAAUAUAAAAAAUCUGGCAUCUCCCUGUUUCCCUUCCACGAUCACACAGGCUAAAUAGCCGAAGCCCCCAGAGAUUCAUUUGUGCUAAUCAUACAAACCGACUAAUUAAAAGAGCAAAGCUUUGUGGAAAUAUCCCGACCGAUGCAAAACGAAGUUCUUCGGUCUAGUCCAGAGCUUUUUCUAAAAUCUUUCGACUCAAUUCUAAUCCCAUAAUUUUCCGAAACACCGUUUCAAGCCGUGAGUCGCCUACUAUUUUGGCUUUUUUUUGUCAUUGUUUUCAUGCGUUCAUUUAUUGGUAUGUUGGGCGCAAGAAUUAGCGGUGAAGUGCUCCCAAUGGCAGAGGUGCUGUCCGCCCGCUAAACUAACUAUGCAUGCACAACCUAUGCUACGGCGGCUGCCCAUACUUUUACUGACGAUUUAUUAUGGCAAUAGUAAACGGUGUGCUGAUAGUGGCAUCACGAUCGUUGUAUUUAUCUCUACACCGCUCCACGGCGCCGCUGCUCGUGGCGUCUGCUUGAAGCUCUGUCUUAUAUUAUCUGUUGUUAUUUACUAAUAUGCCGACAUCGACAUCAUUGUCCCUCUUCUCAUUGUUGUUUUCGCCGGCUGUGCUAUUACGGGUGUCGAGAAGUCUCUUGAGCGAGAAGAGGGUACCGUUUACUGUGUCUGUACGGUGCCGAUGUUUUCAUUUAAGAAAUAUCGCUCUAAGUAAAAAGUUGCAUUGACAGCCGUCGCCGCGUGCACCGACCAGCUGUGUGACGCCUGACCUCUUGAGACGCAC